CAGAAAGGGGGAACAUGGGAGCCCGGUGACGUUAGAUGGUUCAUGAUGGACAGUCCAGGCGCGAUCUGAGAACGAGGUACCCGGAGAGCCUGAUCUCUCCAUAGAAACCUAUUGUGAUACACUGUAUCCCUCACCUGUAAUACACCCUGCAGCCAGGCUGCCCUGACCGGCUCACCCGUAACACACCCCGCAGCCAGGCUGCCCUGACCGGCUCACCUGUAACACACCCCGCAGCCAGGCUGCCCUGACCGGCUCACCUGUAACACACCCCGCAGCCAGGCUGCCCUGACCGGCUCACCUGUAACACACCCCGCAGCCAGGCUGCCCUGACCGGCUCACCUGUAACACACCCCGCAGCCAGGCUGCCCUGACCGGCUCACCUGUAACACACCCCGCAGCCAGGCUGCCCUGACCGGCUCACCUGUAACACACCCCGCAGCCAGGCUGCCCUGACCGGCUCACCUGUAACACACCCCGCAGCCAGGCUGCCCUGACCGGCUCACCUGUAACACACCCCGCAGCCAGGCUGCCCUGACCGGCUCACCUGUAACACACCCCGCAGCCAGGCUGCCCUGACCGGCUCACCUGUAACACACCCCGCAGCCAGGCUGCCCUGACCGGCUCACCUGUAACACACCCCGCAGCCAGGCUGCCCUGACCGGCUCACCUGUAACACACCCCGCAGCCAGGCUGCCCUGACCGGCUCACCUGUAACACACCCCGCAGCCAGGCUGGGCUGACCGGCUCACCUGUAACACACCCCGCAGCCAGGCUGCCCUGACCGGCUCACCCGUAACACACCCCGCAGCCAGGCUGCCCUGACCGGCUCACCCGUAACACACCCCGCAGCCAGGCUGCCCUGACCGGCUCACCUGUAACACCCGCAGCCAGGCUGCCCCUGACCGGCUCACCUGUAACACCCGGCCAGGCUGCCCUGACCGGCUUCACCUGUAACACACAGCCAGGCUGCCCUGACCGCUCACCUGUUAACACCCCCCAGCAGGCGCUGACCGCCUCACCUGUAACACACCCGCAGAGCUGCCUGACCGCUCACCGCUCCCCCCAGCCAGGCUGCCCUGACCGGCCACCCGCAACACACCCCAGGCUGCUGGGGGCUCACCUGUAACAUUCCCAGAGCUUGGCUGCGCCUGACCGGCUCUGUAACACACCCCGCACCUGUGGCCGACUCACCUGUAACACCCACGCAGCCAGGCUGCCCUGACCGGCUCACUGUAACACACCCCGCAGCCAGGCUGCCCUGACCGGCUCACCUGUAACACACCCCCCCCAGCCAGGCUGCCCUGACCGGCUCACCUGUAACACAACUCCCCCAGCCAGGCUGCCCUGACCGGCUCACCUGUAACACAACUCCCCCAGCCAGGCUGCCCUGACCGGCUCACCUGUAACACAACUCCCCCAGCCAGGCUGCCCUGACCGGCUCACCUGUAACACAACUCCCCCAGCCAGGCUGCUGCUCACCUGCCAGGCUGCCCUGACCCCGACUCACCUGUAACACAACUCCCCAGCCAGGCUGCCCUGACCGGCUCACCUGUAACACACCCCGCAGCCAGGCUGCCCUGACCGGCUCACCUGUAACACACCCCGCAGCCAGGCUGCCCUGACCGGCUCACCUGUAACACACCCCGCAGCCAGGCUGGGCUGACCGGCUCACCUGUAACACACCCCGCAGCCAGGCUGCCCUGACCGGCUCACCCGUAACACACCCCGCAGCCAGGCUGCCCUGACCGGCUCACCCGUAACACACCCCGCAGCCAGGCUGCCCUGACCGGCUCACCCGUAAUACAACCUGCAGCCAGGCUGACCUGACCGGCUCACCCGUAAUACAACCUGCAGCCAGGCUGCCCUGACCGGCUCACCUGUAUUUUAUUUUAUUUAGUUUGUAAAAUGCUUCAAAAAUUAAACAGAAUAACAAAAUAAAUAACAAAAUAACAAUAAUAAACAAUCAACUGAAAUAAUACCCAAUUCAAACAUAAUACCAAAUGAAACAUAAAUACCCCAAAAUUAAACAUAAAUACCGAAAUAAAAACUCAGGAAGGGGCACUAAUAGGGGAGUAAACUUAUACCAAAUUAAAUAACUGGGAAUAACAGGGAGAGGGACCGGCUCACCUGUAAUAUUUUAUUUUAUUUAGUUUUGUAAAAUGCUUCAAAAAUUAAACAGAAUAACAAAAUAAAUAACAAAAUAACAAUAAUAAACAAUCAACUGAAAUAAUACCCAAUUCAAACAUAAUACCAAAUGAAACAUAAAUACCCCAAAAUUAAACAUAAAUACCGAAAUAAAAACUCAGGAAGGGGCACUAAUAGGGGAGUAAACUUAUACCAAAUUAAAUAACUGGGAAUAACAGGGAGAGGGACCGGCUCACCUGUAAUACACCCUGCAGCCAGUCUGGGCUGACCGGCUCACCUGUAAUAUUUUAUUUAGUUUUGUAAAAUGCUUCCAAAAUUAAACAGAAUAACAAAAUAAAUAACAAAAUAACAAUAAUAAACAAUCAACUGAAAUAAUACCCAAUUCAAACAGAAUACCAAAUGAAACAUAAAUACCCCAAAAUUAAACAUAAAUACCGAAAUAAAAACUCAGGAAGGAGCACUAAUAGGGGAGUAAACUUAUACCAAAUUAAAUAACUGGGAAUAACAGGGAGAGGGACCGGCUCACCUGUAAUACACCCUGCAGCCAGGCUGCCCUGACCGGCUCACCUGUAAUAUUUUAUUUUAUUUAGUUUUGUAAAAUUCUUCCAAAAUUCAAACAUAAUACCAAAUGAAACAUAAAUACCCCAAAAUUAAACAUAAAUACCGAAAUAAAAACUAAGGAAGGGGCACUAAUAGGGGAGUAAACUGAUACCAAAUUAAAUAACUGGGAAUAACAGGGAGAGGGACCGGCUCACCUGUAUUUUAUUUUAUUUAGUUUGUAAAAUGCUUCAAAAAUUAAACAGAAUAACAAAAUAAAUAACAAAAUAACAAUAAUAAACAAUCAACUGAAAUAAUACCCAAUUCAAACAUAAUACCAAAUGAAACAUAAAUACCGAAAUAAAAACUCAGGAAGGGGCACUAAUAGGGGAGUAAACUUAUACCAAAUUAAAUAACUGAGAAUAACAGGGAGAGGGACCGGCUCACCUGUAAUACACCCUGCAGCCAGUCUGGGCUGACCGGCUCACCUGUAAUACACCCUGCAGCCAGGCUGCCCUGACCGGCUCACCUGUAAUAUUUUAUUUUAUUUUAUUUAGUUUUGUAAAAUGCUUCCAAAAUUCAAACAUAAUACCAAAUGAAACAUAAAUACCCCAAAAUUAAACACAAAUACCGAAAUAAAAACUCAGGAAGGGGCACUAAUAGGGGAGUAAACUUAUACCAAAUUAAAUAACUGGGAAUAACAGGGAGAGGGACCGGCUCACCUGUAUUUUAUUUUAUUUUAUUUAGUUUGUAAAAUGCUUCCAAAAUUAAACAGAAUAACAAAUUAAAUAACAAAAUAACAAUAAUAAACAAUCAACUGAAAUAAUGCCCAAUUCAAACAUAAUACCAAAUGAAACAUAAAUACCCCAAAAUUAAACAUAAAUACCGAAAUAAAAACUCAGGAAGGGGCACUAAUAGGGGAGUAAACUUAUACCAAAUUAAAUAACUGGGAAUAACAGGGAGAGGGACCGGCUCACCUGUAAUACACCCUGCAGCCAGGCUGGCUCACCUGUAACACAACCUGCAGCCAGGCUGGGCUGACCGGCUCACCUGUAACACAACCUGCAGCCAGGCUGGGCUGACCGGCUCACCUGUAACACAACCUGCAGCCAGGCUGGGCUGACCGGCUCACCUGUAACACAACCUGCAGCCAGGCUGGGCUGACCGGCUCACCUGUAUUACAACCUGCAGCCAGGCUGACCUGACCGGCUCACCUGUAAUACAACCUGCAGCCAGGCUGACCUGACCAGCUCACCUGUAAUACACCCUGCCUUAUUUCUUCAGUAUGUACUAAACCUGAAAGCAGAUUUAUUACCACAAUUAUUUCAGGCAACAGAGUAUACCAUCACUUGCUAAUUCAUCUGACUUGUGCAGUGUAUGGAUGGGUCCUGCAUUACAAUAAAUAAGUCACACUGUUUAGUUAUCUCUGUGUUUGCAGUCAGUUGUGCUUGCAUAAUGUAUAAAUAUUAUUUUUUCACUGCCCAAAUUUAGUUUAAAAAUUAAAUAAAAAAAUAAAUAUAUAUAUAUAUAUGUAUUAAGGCAGUUUUGCCUGUAUUUGUGGGAGGGGCUUAAAUUAAUUCACUCCCCUAUAUAAGGGACACCCCUUACCUGACUCAUAUCGCUUGAGGUCAGCAUCAGAAUGAUUUCCACCUCCGGGUCAUCCAGACGCCAUUUUACCUGAUUACUCCAUGAGGUUUUCUAAGCUGAGCUGUGUCAGGAAUCCAGCCACAGGCUUUUCCGGCCUACCACCUUCUUCAAUCUAUCGCUGUGGAUGGUGUCCAAGUGACUCACAAACCGUAAGUUGACCUACCCAUUACGCCAGGCAUCAGUCCCACGGCACCAUGCAAGGGUCAGGUCCUCACUUUACGGCUGCAUUUUGUCUAAGUCUGUUCUAAAACCAUUGCAUGUUCAUGCAUAUCAUUCGUUUAAACCCCCUACUGGUCUUUGGGUGUACUACAGACUUCUUAGACAUUAUCGCAUUUCAUGUACAAACCAACUAACCACUGCAUCUUUGCCUACACACUGACCCCUACCGGUCAUUCGGUGUACUACAGGCUUCUCAGACAUUAUUGCAUUUCAUGUACAAACCAACGAACCACCGCAUUUUUCACCUACACACUGACCCCUAUUGGUCAUUCGAUGUACUACAGGCUUCUUAGGCGUUGUUUGCAUUUUCAUGUACAAACCAAUAAACCACUGCAUUUACACCUACACACUGACCCCUACUGGUCUUUCGGUGGACUACAUGCUUCUUAGACAUUAUCGCAUUUCAUGUACAAAUCAACUAACCACUGCAUUUGCGCCUACACACUGACCCCUACCGGUCAUUCUGUGUACUACAGGCUUCUCCAACAUUAUUGCAUUUCAGGUACAAACCAACAAACCACUUAAUUUUUCACCUACACACUGACCCCUAUCAGUCAUUCGGUGUACUACAGGCUUCUUAGACAUUAUUGCUUUUCAUGUAAAAAACAAUAAACCACUGCAUUUUCACCUACACACUGACACCUACCAGUCAUUCUGUGUACUACAGGCUUCUCAGACAUUAUUGCAUUUUAUGUACAAACCACUGCAUUUUUCACCUACAUACUGACCCCCUAUCAGUCAUUCGGUGUACUACAGGCUUCUUAGACAUUAUUGCUUUUCGUGUACAAAACAAUAAACCACUGCAUUUUUACCUACACACUUACACCUACCGGUCAUUCAGUGUACUACAGGCUUCUCAGACAUUAUUGCAUUUCAUGUACAAACCAACUAACCACGGCAUUUUCGCCUACAUGCUGACCCUUACCGGUCAAUCGGUAUACUACAGUCUUCUCAGACUUUAUUUCACUUCAUAAGCAAACAAACUAACUACAGCAUUUUCGCUUUUAUACUGACUCCUAUCUGUCAUACGGUAGGAUUAACUCCUUAGGGACACAUGACAUGUGUGACAUGUCAUGAUUCCCUUUUAUUCCAGAAGUUUGGUCCUUAAGGGGUUAAAGGGUAUUUUUACCAUACAAUCAGCAUUUAUGACCCCUACUGGUCAACAGCAAAACUGUCUUCACAUGUCAUAUACAAGUUACCAGCCAAUAUAAAUUACACAUAAGAUUGUUUUAACCCCUUAAGGACACAAGACAUGUGUGACGUGUCAUGAUUCCCUUUUAUUCCAGAAGUUUUGUCCUUACGGGGUUAAACAUAACCAUAAACCAUUAAUGAAACUCCAGCACGGGCUCAAAUUCAGGUUUAAUUCACAAUAAUUUACAUUUCACAUCAAGACCAACAGUGGUUCUAUCAACACUGCCACCUACAGGUCUGUCAAGUACAUUGACAAUUUUCAUGGGGUUUUACAAACACCAAAACACUUACACCUAUAGGUCAACAGACAAACAACAUUUCACAUACCAAUCAGUAUCCAACUACAGUGCCACCUAUAGGGCACUCGGCAGAUCUCCAGUGCACUUGCAUUUUGCAACACCAUGUUCACUGACCCCUACCAUUCAAUAAGACAUACAACAAUUCACAUAGCAAGUAGUAUAUCAACAUCUGGUAUAAAUACAUAUAUUAUUACACAGUAGCAGACGCAUCUGUAUAUACAUAACUGGUAAUAUAGUUCACAUACAUUUUUCACAGCACGCUGCUCACACAACAGACUUUCCCCUAGCAAGGGGACAUACAACAUACAAGGUGGGGACACACCACUUUUUCACUUGUACAUACGGCACUUAAUGGGUUAAGAUUGAUACAUAUUUAACCAGUAUGGCUACAAUGUUUAAUAUUUACACAUCAAGGCACUUUACUUUUCACAUAUACUGUACGUAUUAAGAUAAGCUUGGUCUAUGCCAUAUUUCCUUAUGCCAUAUGGUUUUGUCCAUUCAGGUUACAGUUACUACUAAAAAACCUAUACGGAUUCUCAGGUUCAAUACCAUACUACCAGGUACAUACACCUGCUCACGUAGUUAUCCAUCUCUUACCUUCCCUGGAAUAGUGAUAGUGUACUGGCAAUUAGCGUUCUAGGGCCCAAUAGGUAUUACCCCCUUUUUCUCUGCAUUAUGCUUCGGUUAGUGGUCCAGCGACACCAACACCCCGCCUCACACUCGGAGGCAUACACCCCUCAGGCCACUCGUGAGCUAGCCGCCUCGCAUUGUAUCAUAGAGAGGGCCUCACCUGUCACUCCCCUUCCUAUUUUCUGGUUACUGUCACCGAGAGGCCAACAUCCUGCCACAAUGUUCGGUGGCCACACAAAAUCCCCUCGCGCCAAGCAUAGAUAGAGCCUCUAAAGCCACUUGGCAACUAGCAGGGCCUCACCAGUCACCAAAAAACACCAAGCCUAAUCGUUUCGCCUUACGGCUUAGCUAGCAAGCCAGUACAAGAACCCUGGGUACAAAUAAUUGCAUCUUUAUUGUUAUUUAAGUAUUUUUCCAAAAGAUGGUGAAGAAUCACCUCUUCCUAGCACCCCGGCUAGAAUUGAUACACAUUCAAGCAGAGGAGAUGUUGCUAGUCCUGCAGCAAUCAGAUCCUGGAUGAUCCCACACAUUACCACCGACCUAAGGAGGUGACAAAUCCCCUACCCUGCUACAGCAAAGAAAGCAGAGUUAUUCAAACUCCUCCAUACAUCAACGGACAACACGGAGGCAGGGGAAGGCCCAGCUACAUCAACUCAGGUGACACCCAGGCUAUGCUAGCCUCACUCAUAAACUCAAGAGCCAAAAAAUUUUAUGACAGACUGGCAAUCUCGAGUUGGUCACCACAGCCCUCACAAGGCUGGGCCUCACGUUACUGUACAACCAGCACCAACCGAAACUCGAUUACCUGGUACAAUCAAUUCUUAUGACACACAAGAUGUUAACCCUGCACGUAUGAUCCCAGCACAUUGGGGAAGCAAGGCAUAUAUAUGUAUGAUGAUGUAUCUGUGAUGGUCAGAUUCAGGGAUUCCAGGUAAAUCGGGAACUGACCAUCUCUUGGAUAGGUUGGUAUUUGGAAUAUGUAGAGAUGUUUAUUUGUGCAGGUACCCAUACAGAAGGGGUUCUGUCCCAAACAAAUGGACGAGCACUCUCAGGCUCCAGGUACCAGCACCUCUGAACUAUCAGAGACUAUUGAUAUGAGUAGUUGCAUUGCACAUAGACUGUUGCAUAUAUGUUCAAAUGGUUCAGGGCACAUGACAAACCAUGUGGCCCAAUACAACUUACAAAUAACGUACUCACCAUCUGUACACACCAAUGCAUUUUCAACACUACUGACUCAUCACCCUUCCAGACUUGUAGUAGAUUUACUAAAGCUCUGGAGCUUCAAAGAGCUCCCAUACAGGUAUCAUAAACACACCUUCAAGGAAUAUAGCAUGCCCUCACUUACAGUCAGCACAACAAAACCAUGGGCUGAAAACACACUCAUAGCCAAGAUUUGCAGAGUGGUCUUCCAAUCUCCACCAUUUACAGCAUGGCACCAAACACACACAUUGGUAUUGUCACAAGGAAUCUUCCCUUAAACAAAGACUAACCAUGGACUUAUUGGCACCACACACCUCCGCUACCCCAAGUCUCAACUCCCUUCUUACUAUAUAACACCAUUGAUCUACCUUUACAGCUAUCACUCAAGCAUGGGUUAAAGCUUGGUUAAGUAAGACCAAUAUCAUCAACGCAGUAAACAGCUACCAUCUACCCUACACACUGGCACUUACAUGGCAUAAAUUGGGCAAUCCUUUUCCUGCUCAACUUUCGAGCUACAGAUUAACCUACUAUCGCUAUUCGCAGAUACUCUGUGCUGGUUAUGAUAACAUAUCCAGAGGCAUUACAGUCAUACACUAUCUAGAAGACUUCUUGUUGCUCAAAGAAAGCAUAUUUUUCACUAGAAGCCUCAUGGCAGCUUAGUCUGGUUGACCACUUGGGCGUCCCAGUACCCCAUAAGAAACAGAAGGCGCAGACACUAUCAUCACAUUACUGGGCAUAUGACUUGAGUCGGCAUCCAUACACGCAAGUUACCACAAGACAAAUAGGGAACAUUCUCAACUAAAUCAAUCACUACCUCCUGCUUAGUACUUACAACUACAAGGAACUACAAUCCCUACCAGGUUCCUUAAUUUUGCCAUGCUAAUCAUACCACAAGACCACGCUUUCACAUCCAGAGUACUUUCCCCUUUUUUCCACACUUCCAACAUGACGAUCAGAGGAGGUGCCUAGACACCUCAGCAACAGCAGACCUGCACAUGGGGGGGGAUUUCUUAACCACUUGGCAUGGUAAAAGCAUGUUCCUUCCAGGAUUGUCUGACACUUCUCCAACCAGAUGGUCAGACGCAGCGUAUACCACGGGUUUGGCAGCGAUCUACCGGGAACAAUUGCUUUGGGGCUGUUGGCCAUGGCAUCCAGGUUUGGAAAUUUUUCCACCACUUCAGCCCCUUUGGGAGAUCUACCCCAUUGUAGCAGCUGCUGUGGCAUGGGGUAAAUCAUGGUCAGGGUCAUCAAUCCGUUGUUACUCAGACAACUAAGCACAUAUCAUAUCAUCAACAAACGCCACUACUCAUCCAUAAGUUCAUGAUGUUUCUGGGGAACUCACUUGGUUGGCUACUUAUCACAUUUCACUUUCAUGUACCAGACGGGGGUAUACAUCCCUGCCGACAACUGUCUCAUUUAUAUUCCAGGCAUGUUCAUCAUACGCUUCCUACAGCCGCCCAUACAGUCACGUCCACUCUUUCGUUCCAGAGACAAAAUCAUGGAUUAGACAUACUCAUGCAGCAUAGCAUGCACUAUCCCACCUAGCACUUUCGUCCCAUACUUGUAGAACGCAUAACACAGCUUUUCACCUGGCUUAAAGAAUCUCAUUGGAACACGACAUAGCUCAACCUGUGUCACAAAAUUUCUCCUAAGUUUUGCUUAUUUUUGCCACCUUAAACUUAAACUUAAACUAUCUCAUACACCAUUAAUUAUAUAUUUUACAGGCAUUCAACAACACAUGAUAACCUAUGGCCAAAACUACCAUAAACUUCAUGCUAUCAUACCAGAAAAGAAUAUACUCAGAGGUUUUCAGGAAUCCAUUCCCCCACGUUCCUCUCAGAGAUUACCAAUAGCCAUCCAACUGUUCAUCCUUAUCGGACCUAUUAGAUCUACAACCAUUCAAUUAUACUACCAAGUCGGCCAUUACCAGCCAUGCACAUUGCCUUUUAUGCCUUUCUCAGGCCAGAGAAUCCACUACCAUCACCACCACUCAGACAGAUCAUUGUCUUCAACGAUCCCACGUACGUAAACACAUAUAUCAUUACCUAUUGGCUCUACCACAUUCCGAAAUGAGUCAACAUGCACCAACAGUAGAGAUAACAUACUAUCCUACCCACAACAAAUGGUGCCCACUUUCGGUCCUAGAUUCCUACCUUCAAAAUCCUUUCAGGAAUUAAAUACUGUAAUGCAUUUAAGGAAGUGUCUGGUUAAUUUGUAUAUAUUUGUUGACUGUAUUAAAUUUUUGAUUAUUCAUUUUUGCCCUCUUUAUUUACAGGCCUACCGUAUCGUCGGUAUCGGCACACCACAACCGACUUGCUCCCUUUACACUAUCCUAAGCUUAUGCUGGAUCCUUACUCCAUAUACGGCUAUUUUGCCCCUUACACAAGUAUUAAGGCAGUUUUGCCUGUAUUUGUGGGAGGGGCUUAAAUUAAUUCACUCCCCUAUAUAAGGGACACCCCUUACCUGACUCAUAUCGCUUGAGGUCAGCAUCAGAAUGACCCUCCCACCCACUCCUCAUUUCAACACUUUCUCUUUUCUUUCCAUUUACUUUACUUUCUUACUCCUUGGUGGGCCCUCUUUAUUUACAGGCCUACCGUAUCGUCGGUAUCGGCACACCACAACCGACUUGCUCCCUUUACACUAUCCUAAGCUUAUGCUGGAUCCUUACUCCAUAUACGGCUAUUUUGCCCCUUACACAAAUAUAUAUAUAUAUAUAUAUAUAUAUAUAUAUAUAUAUAUAUAUAUAUAUAUAUAUAUAUAUAUAUAUAUAUAUAUAUAUAAUGUGUGUAUGUGUAUACUGUUUGUAGUUACCUGGUAUUUGGUACUUUGUAUUCUGUGAUUGAGGGCUUGGAGGAGUCCUACUCUACAUGCAAUAUUUUAUCGGGGUAAAAGUACUUUUUUGCCCUUUUGUCCUUUUCCCACUGAGGUGUUUUCUGCUAUACGUGGUAUAUCUGUUUAGAGGAUAUACCCACAAUAAAAACAUGCAUGCAUUUAAAUGUUUUUUUAAAAUUAUAUUAUAUUUGUAUAUGUAGCUAAAACCGCUUGCAAGUCUUGUCUGUAGCCAUUGCAAGCCCCCCUCCCCUUAUAACAAGUCCACACUUUUUUUGUGGCUGUCCAAUCACAGACUUCCCAAUGUAGCUCAGUGAGGCAUCACACAUCCCAUUACUUCUGCAUCUAAUCCUCUCCUUUUGUAAUCUCUUUUCACUGUUCCAUUGUAAUGUGUUUUUGGAAUUUUAAUUAUGUAAUAUAGAAUGCACACUGUAACCACUACGAAUAGUCAAAAAUAUAACUUUAUUCCGUACAAAAAGUACUACAGUGAAAAAAAUACAGAAAAAAUAUAAAUAAACACAAUGAUAGAAGCAAGAGCAAAUACAAUAAUGCAAUCCUACAAAGUCAAAAAAUUUUUUUAACCAGCCUAAGGACAGAGACACGAGUCACGAAACCCCAACGUUUCGGCACCAACCGGCUGCCUUUAUCGAAUUUGUUUCUGUAUUUUAUUCACUGUAGUACUUUUUGUUCGGAAUAAAGUUAUAUUUUUGACUAUUCUUAGUGGUUAUAGUGUGCAUUCUAUAUUACAUAGAUAUUUGGAUAGUUUUUGAGGGAGUGUUUGUAUAGUUUGCACCUAGCUAUUUGAUAUACUUUGUCUCUCCACGUGUUUUUGGUUUGUGUUUGCAAUUUAAAUUCCUCCCUACAUGAAUUAAGAAGUUCUUUAUAAACUAAUCAAUUCAAAGUCGCAAAUUCAAAGUCUUUAUGAUUCUCUUGAUCGCCAUGACGAUUUUUAUUUUAAGGGCGGGAAGGGGGUCUCUAAUUUACCUUUUGUUUCCCGCAUUUUCAUGUUUAUUAUAGAACCUAUUGGUGCAAAAACCCAACAACAUUUGAGGGAAAAAAUAAACUUUUCAAUAACUUUUUUCCCUUGAUUUGGUAGACACAGGCAUACAUAUAGAUCUGAGAAUCUAAAAACAUGGGUGGAAAAAAUAAGAAAAGUCGCCAUGGCAACUCUACAUCUGUCCAGGCAGUCGUAGCUUCAGCUAACAAGUCCAGGGUGACUGCAGAUCAGAAAGCUUCAGGAGAGGACACAACCAAGAAACCGGGCUCUAAAUCUGCUAAUGUAGCUGGCGUUAACAAGGAACUAAAGAGCAAACAAGGUACGUGGAAAACAUUUUAGAUUGGUUUUUACAUUAAUGAAGUUUGCUUUUACGUUUAACCAAUGUACUUAAAGACACUUUAAAUUCCACAACAUCCAUGUUCUUUAAAUAUGUUUUGGUGCAAAGAGGGCCCCUGUUUUAAACGUACAGCCUCAAUCAGAAAAAGUCUAGCAUAACUCCCCUUUGACCAUACAAGUUCUUGCCGUUUACAUUAACACACUCCAUACAUGUUUCAGCCUCCUCCAAAAAGCUCUGUUAUAAUGUUUUGUGAAGGAGCUGGUAAAGCUUUCUCGUCAAUAAUUUAAUUAAAAAAACAACACAACAACUCACAUAGAGCUAUUGUGAAACUAAGACUUCUGUCAGAUUGAGAGCCGUUUUAUUCAUAUCUUCUCUGAACAAAACUGUUGGCAGUUUUGAACUACAUAUUCCAUAAACACUGAUGGGCAGAAGUUUUGAGAUUUGUCCAGCUGUCGAAGCUGCUUCAAGUCCAGUCACUUUGCAGGAUCUUAAAAGUAUAUUUUGUUAUUGUGUAAUAUUUGUCUUUGUUUAUCUAAUUUUUUAUGCAUUUAUCUAAAUGCAUUAAUGCAUUUAUCUAUAGAACAAAUUAUGGUCCCAAUGUACAAUGUCCCUAAAUGUAUUACAACAGAGGUGUAACCAAGUGUUGUUGGAUUUCCCAUAGAUCUAUGUCAGACUUGGCUGACGAGAAUUAUGGAGAGUUCAGUUCAACAGCUAAAAAAAUAAAAAUUAAAUAGGUUUUUCAUUUUGCAAAAUAAUGUUUUUUGUUUUUUUUUUAAGCUAGACUGUAACCAUGGUUGUAGUCAUAUUGUAGUCUCCUCCCCAGACCUCUCCCAUGCCAUCCUGCAACAUGUCACUGCUUGCCUUUCCUCCAUCUCUGACUGGAUGUCCUCCUGCUUUCUAAAACUAAAUAUCUCGAAAACUGAACUCCUUGUCUUUCCUCCUCCUAAUACUGAUCCUCUUCUUUUGCUCUCCCUUCAAGUCAGUGGUAUCCACAUAAGUCCAUCCUUGCAAGCGCACUGUCUUGUUGGCAUAUUUGAUUCUAGUCUCACCCUUGAGCCUCACAUCCAGCAUGUUACCAAAUCCUGUAGAUUCCACCUUUAAAAACAUAGCCCGCAUCUGCCCCUUUCUUACGCAAGAUUGUAAGAUUGUAAUGCUCUAGUAAUUUCCUGCAUGGAUUAUUGUAACCCACUAAAAAACGUAUUGCCCCGCUACAGACAGUAAGGAAUGCUGCCGCCAGACUGAUUUUCCUCUCUAGUCAGUCCUCUCACAUUUCACCUCUUUGUCAGUCCUUGCAUUGGCUUCCUGUAUCCUACAGGAGUCAAUUCAAAAUGCUAACCCAUACCUAUAAAGCACUGACCAAUUCUAGCCCCUCUUAUAUCUCUUCACAGAUCCAUAGGUAGGCCCCUUCUCAGUCUCUCCGCUCUGCCCAGAUCUUCUCCUGUCCGCUACUCACACCCGUACGGCCAACUCAUGCUUGCAGGACUUCUCGCGGCGGCUUCCUUCCUAUGGAACAGCCUGCUUCCGUCAUCAGACUGCCCCCUAGUCUUCAAUCGUUUAUGAAGUGCCUUAAAACCCAUAUUUUUAGGAAAGCUUAUGUCCUCCCAGAGUAACCUCUACUUCACAUACCUGUCUCUUACUCUCUCCUGAAGGGCACAAUUCUACUCUCUCUUCUCCAGCUCUUCUUCACUCCCACCUACAUUGAUUGCUAUACCCUGUCCUAUUGUGUUUUACACCCCACCUCCUAUAGACUGUAAGCUCAUUUGAGCAGGGUCCUCUUCAACUUAUCGUUCCUGUAAGUUUUCUUGUAAUUGUCCUAUUUAUAGCUAAAUCCCCCCUCUUAUAAUAUUGUAAAGCGCUACGGAAUCUGUUGGCGCUAUAUAAAUGACAAUAAUAAUAGCAUAAACAUUUAUAUGCCUCUCUGUGUGUUUAUCAUCUGUCCUAGCAAGAAGAAAAAAAAUGGGAAUUGGUAAAACUAUUUAAUAUACUGCAAACAAACACAGUAUUUCCUGUAGUUUGUAUUUAUCUUCCAUUGUUAACUUACAUUACCCUAUAGUAUAUACAGUAACUGCCAACUUUUUUUUAUAUUUUGCAGACAUAUUGUCCUAUUUCAUAUGUGUUUGAGGUUUACAAACUAUGACAUUGUCCUUUAGGGACAGUUUGUAUUAUGGUUACUGCAACUUAAGUUGUAUUAAAUGGGUUUUUAAACGUACAUAUAUGUUUAGGUUGGCAAGUAACCUUUUUCUUUUAAAUUGACCGUGAAUGUCUUAAAAUUGCUCAGCUGUAAUUUCUCUCUUAUUUUAGGGCCAAAAACAUAUAGUUUUGGUUCGUCUGCUGAUGCAAGUUCUUCGGCAAAUCACAAUAAGUCUGUUUUAAAGGUCAGUCUUUGUUUUUUAUAGUAUUGCAUUAUAUCUUUAUGUACAAUAAACACAACAGCAAAAUAAAUCUCAGUGCAUUUUUUUACAGGUCAUUUGACUCUCAACUACUGCCAACUAGUGGCAAUUGUGUAGCAAGUGUCUUCUCCCCACCCCGCGUGUUGAAAUCUAUGGUCUGCUUUCCAUGCGGUGGACUGGCUUCCACCUUCCCAAUUUACUUGCCAUAUAUUUAAAUAAUUGGUGUGCUUUCUUAUCCCUCACUAUGUAUUAAUUUCGUUACCUGGUUGAAUCAGUCAUCAUAGGCAUAAUGGUUAGCUGAAAAUUCAAUUGGUAAGUGGGCAACGAAUACAUCAGAUUACAUCAAAUUGUGCUUGGAUAGGCUAAUAGAUUUUAAUUCUCCCCCACCUCCCACUUUUUUAAAAAUUUUUUUAUAUGUUUGUAAAGAUAAUGCCGAUACUCUACUUUUAAAGUCUGAGGGGGUCACAGUAUUAAUGUAACCUUAAUUAAACAAACCUUACUUAUGGAUUCUGGGUAGAAAGAUCACUGCAUAUUGCCAGCCAUUACAAAGCGUCUCGUUGUACAAUACGCAUCACAUGGAACAGAGUUACUUUAAAUUAAGUUACAGAAAUAUCAUGCGAGGAUCAUUUAUUUAUUUAUUUAUUUAUUUAUAUUCUUAUUCCCAACAGGUAGUGAUUGACUGUAAUCUGGAGAAAAGAAUCAUUUCUCUAAUCAAUGAGCAUAAAAAGCUCAAUUGUGAUAAAGGGACGGUUUCAGGAAGAUUGACUUCUAAGAAGUUACAGGUUUGUUGUUUUAUCAUUGUGAUACAUUGUGGAUUUGGGGGCUGCUUUGCAUUAAACAUUGCUUUUUAAAUCAACUCUCUGUGAUCACAAAUGCUACAGGAGUUUAUCAAUAUACCAGUAGUUCAGAAUUGGUAAAUACCUAAAUCCUGGUGGCCGGCAGUCCUUGAGGAGUUGACAUAGAAUAUUAUAUAGGUGGGACAGUAAUGGGGUAGUUUUAAAAUAAAUAGGGGCCUGCCGUGUAUAUGAAACCUUAUUGCGUUCUUUAGUUCAAGAUUUAUUUAUUUAAUUAACUCCCCUCUAAGGGGUGUUAUAUAAAUUAGGCUGUAUUACUUCCUGUGCUGCAUGUUGACUAAUGGAAUUUAACUUAUUAGUGAUGCUGCUGUCGAUGGCCAGGAAAAGACAUAUAUAACCUCUCACUCACACAUUAUUGUACAUUUUAAUUGACAUGAAAGACUUGGAUGGAUAACCUUUCUCUCCUUUAAUGUUUUGCUUCUAGGAUCUGUAUGUGGCCUUACAGGAGCUCAGUUUUAAGUCCGAGCAUAUAGAGGAAGCCAUGACAAACACUGUUUUGUAUGGAGGAGAUCUGCAUUCUGCGCUUGACUGGCUGUGUCUGAACCUACCAGAUGGUAAAUAAAAUAAUGCAUUGGCUGCUUCUGUGCUCAGGAGUUAACAAAAUAGGGCAGAAUUUAAAGAACAAAUGCAAGAAAAACACAAGUUUGAGAAUUUUAGCCUGGAAAAGUGAGAAGUGCAUUUCAGUGGAUCUGUCACCAAUGAGAUUUUUGGGGGGCUGGAGGGGGUUAGCUGAACUGCUGAAAAGCCUCUAUGUUGGCGUUGCAAGCAGAUGUGCAUGCGAUUGCGGCUUUCCUGUGCUUCACAAUGAGCGGUAAUACAGCUUAUUUAGACUGCGGAAAGGCCGACAUGCACCACCUGCCACUUUUAUUAGAGCUAGCCAAAGAAAACCAAUCUGGAUGGGAGCCAGGGAGGUGAUUCUGCCCCCAAAUAACAAAAGUUUAUUUUCAAAACGUAAAGUACUUUAUGUGUUUUAAAUUGUUCCUUUAAAAUUUGUUAUUCCUUCACAAGUUCUUUGCAAUUCUGACUUUAUUAAAUAAACCCAUGUUUGUUAUUCUAAGAAACUAGCUCUACAACUGUAACAUUAGUGUGUGUGACUUUUGGAAAUGUUUAUUAUCUUAAUGGAUUUCAUCUAUUAUGUUUCAGGAAUAUGUCAUUUUAUGCCAACUAACUAGGAUUUCUCUUUAACAGAUGCUUUGCCUGAGGGGUUCUGCCAGCAAUUUGUAGAAGAAGAGACGAGAAUACGACCAAAGUAUCAACCCACACCCCAGAAACUGAUUUCUCCAAGCGUCUCCAACAAUGGGAAGGCCAAAGAGGGAACAGAGUUGAAGGUUAUUUUAAUCACAAUACUUCAAUCAAGUUAUUGUAGCUUUAUUAUUGUUUCCAAUUAAUGGCAAACCUUUUUAUUUUCUCCUUUUCAAAUUAUUUUUAUUGAACAAUUUAGAAAAAUAUGUUAAUAACAAUGUAGAACAUAACUAAUAAUAAUAAGAAAAUGGGGAUAGGUGGAACAUAAAGGGUGUUACAUCCAUAAUUGCACAUGAUCAAGUUAGUAUGUUCUUCUGAAUUCUAUGUGCAGUUUUCUUAAAUGUAAGACUGAUGUAUGCAAAGGCAUAACGGUGUGGUUAUCACUGUGUUAUGCUAGAUUGCGUAUUGCAGCCCUUUUCAUCCUUCCACGUUACAGUGUUGAAAUUUGUUGAAGUUACUUUUUCUAUAACAGGCCAGCAAUGAGAAGGAGAUGAGUAUGAAGGAAUGGAUUCUGCGAUAUGCCGAACGAGAAAGUGACGAGGAAGAGGAGAUGGAUGCAUCUGAGAAGGACCCAGAGAAAGAGCACUUUGAUCCCGUCAGUAGACUGAUUGAAUUCCAUUUUACAUUGACCUGUAAUGAUUAUGUUGCUUUUACAGGGUUAUUUACUACAGUGAGAAUUCAAAGUGGAUUUCAAAUUUUAAGUCAAAUUAGCCAAAUUUAAAGGGACACUAUAGUCACCAGAACAACUACAGCUUAUUGAAUUUGUUCUGGUGAGUAGAAUCAUUACAUUCAGGCUUUUUGCUGUAAACACAGUCUUUUCAGAGAAAAUGCAGUGUUUACAUUACAGCCUAGUGAUAACUUCACUGGCCACUCCUCAGAUGGCUGUUAGAGAUCCUUCCUGGGUCAUGGUUGCCUAAAAUGCAUCCAAACAUUCAGUGUCUCCUCCCUCUGGAUGCAGACACUGAACUUACCUCAUAGAGAUUCCUUGAUUCAAUUCAUCUCUAUGAGGAGAUGCUGAUUGGCCGGGGCUGUGUUUGAAUUUUUUUUGGCUCUGCCCCUGAUCUGCCUCCUUCUCAGUCUUAGCUAAUCCUAUGGAGAAGCACUGUGAUUGGAUCAGGCCACCACUUCUGAUGAUGUCAGCAAACGGCAUGCAGAGCUACAGCUUCAUGCUUGAAUACAAGUAGGAUUUUGCUAUAUUUAGGGAGGCAUGAGGGGCCCAGGGAGGCUUUAACACUAUAGAGUCAGUAAUACAUGUUUGUGUUCCUGACCCUAUAGUGUUCCUUUAAAGCAUACCUGAUAUAUUGAGAUUUUUUUUUUUUUAAAUUCAGCUAUCUUGGGCUUAAAUUGGAUAUUCACUUUGAAUUCUCACUUUAGCAAAUAACCCUGUCAGAGUGCCCCUGUAACAAGUAACUGACAAAAUGUAACUAAAAAUAGCAAUGUUAGGAAAAUUAUCCAACAGAGCUUAGACUUUCUUUCCCCCCACUAUAUUGGCCUUAGCUUUGUAGUUACCAUUAACUCACCACAGUGAGUCCGGAAAGACUAAUGAUGAAUUUCAAACUUUGGAUGAAGUUAACAAACCCGAGAACCUUAAUAUAGGAACACCAAUUGUAUGAAAACAAAUACAUUACAUUUAAUCUUGCAGAGUUUGGUUGCUAAGAGAUUCUUACUCACUGUGACAGUGUUUGUCUAGGUUGUAUUAAUAGACCUUGUGGUGAUAUUAAAAUUCCACUUACUUUGUGAUAACCUUGACAUUUUCUUGAGCAGAACGAGAGGUACCUGGAAUUAACCGCUAAGCUGCUUGAUGCCAGAGCACAUGCUGCCUGCACCAAACAGGAGAAAGACAAAUCGAGUCAGAGAGAAGCUCAGGAGAAAAUAAAGAAAUAUCUACAAGGUAGCUAUAGAGGUUUCUCCAAUCCUGAGGAAGUCAUGGUAUUCUUGUGGGAAAGGAUUUGCUUUUUGUCUGGACAGUGUGCUCUGCCCAGGAAAGUGAUUUGUAAUCUCCUACACUUACCAUACAUAAAGUAAUUGCAGUGUAUAAGAAUAUGUCUAAUGUGAUUAGUUCAUGGACCAAAUGUAGUAGCAUAUGUUAUUAGUUAUAAGUUCUUUAAAGCGACACUGUAGGCACUGUAAUUUCAUUGAACUCGAUAUACAGUUGCAAGAAAAAGUAUGUGAACCCUUUGGAAUGAAAUGGAUUUCUGCACAAAUUGGUCAAAAAAGGUGAUCUGAUCAUCAUCUAAGUCACAACAAUAGACAAUCACAGUCUGCUUAAACUAAUAACACACAAAGAAUGAAAUGUUUCCAGGGUUCACAUACUUUUUCUUGCAACUGUAGUGUCUGCAGUCGAUUGGUUCUGUCGUUCCAUUCAGUGGUAAACAAUUUGUAAUGGUUGAACACUGAAGCCCGCUCAUUCCGUGCUGCUUGGGAAACAAGGAAACAUUACCCUGAGCAGCAAUGGAUCGUGGUGAUUGUCUGAGUGUGUCAGCUGACCAUUUUCAGCCUAUCACAACUGCCGAAUGUUGGUAUGAAUUUGUAUGAAUAAGGAGGAGUGUAAUCUUUGCCUCAGCCGUACCUUAAGUGGGGGCCUAGCUAUGGGCGGCUAGAGAACCUCAUUAGUUGUUAGACUUCUCAAAAGUGGUUUAACAGUGAAUGGAGGGAUAGUGCCAAGGGACUACAGCCAAUAAAUCAAUUCAAUAAGAACAAAUCAUCAUAGUGUCUGGAGUGUCUCUUUAAAGUGGCAAUUCUAACCAUUGACCUAUUAGUUGAUAGUUUGAUAUGCUAUAAUGGAUUGUUAUAAUAAUAGUUUGUUUUGUUUUUUUACAUGAUAAAUAAUUUUGCUCUAUAAGCCAAACGUUGCACCGUAACCUCCCAACCUGCAUUAUUUGUCCUUUUUCUAUAAUAAUAUAUUUCUAAGUGUUCUCAUUUACAGCUGUGUAGCUCUAAUAGGAUGCACAGCAAUACUUUCUGGUAGUUGUAGUUCAGCUUUUAGCUGUUAGAGAGCUAAAAUAUAACUGAAUUGCAACUUUCGGAAGCUAUAAAACCAGUGGAUUAACAUAAAAUGUGAGUUGCUUUAACCCUAUAUGGUUAUUCACUAAAGUGAGAAUUCAAAAUGAUAAAAAGCAUAUCUAUACAAAUAAGCUAUAUUUCUUAUGUGUAAUUGUUAGUGUGCUCAGUUGUCAUACUUUACAUUCUUGUUCACAGAGAUGAAAAGUUUAGAAGAACAUCCAAUGUUUAAUCCUCAGGUUAAAAUCACAGAAGUAAAAGCAGAAAAUAAAAAAGCACCCUCACCUUCUGCUGAAGAGGGAAAUGUAAACUUCAAUCUGUUUGAAAACACAGCGAAUGCUCCUGCUCCAGCUCCGGCUCCUGCUCCAGAAGAAAAAGGUACAAUGAGCAAUUCACACGUGGACAUUUUUAAUUAAUUUAUUUAAUUGUUCUAUAUUAAAAUCUAACUUCCCCUUGUAAGCCAUUAGUUUAAAGAUAAAAUAUAUUUAAAUGUGAGCAUCUCUGAAUGUGCAUGGAUCCAUUUUUCCCCAUAAUGCUGAGUGCCAAAGCCACACUUGGCUUUAUGAGAGCAGAUAAAUAUAUAAGGUGCUCCCAUAUUUGUAUGUAUGCUGAGUGUUUUUGUUUUGUUUGUUUUCUUUUCACUCUUAUUUAGUUUAGUGCUUUAGUUUUUCUUCGUAAACCCACCCUUUCUGCCCUCCAACUUCCAUCCAUAAUUGUUUAUUUUUUUGUGGAUCAGUCGUUGGCUUUCUGCAGCACAAGUUGACACUUGGAGUACAAUUUCCAUAAAACCUGGCUAUGCCCAUGAUUAAAGGACAGCAGUGUUUUUAGGAAUUAUCAGUUCCUGUUUGAUGAGAUCUCUUUGCUAAUCCAACACUGCCAGGAGUUUUGCACUUUAUUCAUCCAUUUUAUUCUAUAAUUUUUCAUAUGCUCAUAUUUCUCUUGGGUGUCUGGUUCAUUGGGUAUCUUUAUGUAAAACUUUUUUUUUAAUUCAGUGAAGAAGAAACCACCUCUCGACAUCCGAAACUUCGACUACACCUCUCGCAGCUGGACAGGAAAAUCUCCAAAGCAGUUUCUCAUUGAUUGGUGCCGGAAGCAUUUUCCCAAGAGCCCGAAUCCAUCCUUCGAAAAAAUACCUGUUGGCAAGUAUUGGAGAAGCAGGUAGGUUUCUCUGUGUUAGAAGGCAUAGACCAUUUUAUGGAAGUGAACCAGGUAAUCACCUGUUAAAGGAACACUAUAGUCACCUAAACAACUUUAUCUUAAUGAAGCAGUUUUAGUGUAUAGAUCAUGCUCAAUCCUCUGCCUCUUUAUGUUUAUGCAGCCCUUGCCACACCUACCCUGGCUCUGAUUGGCACAGCCUGCACACAAAAAAAAACUGGUUUCACUUUCAAUCAGAUGUAAUUUAUAUUAAACAAUUGUAUCUAUUGCUCUGUAAAUUGAACUUUAAUUACAUACAGGAGGCUCUUGCGGGGUCUAGCAAGCUAUUAACAUAGCAGGGAAUACAAAAAUCUAAAUUAAACAGAACUUUCCAUAAAGGAAGGAUAAACAUUAGAUGACUCUUUACAUGUAGUGUUUAGGAAGGCUGUGCAAGUCACAUGCAGGGAGGUGUGACUAGGGUUCGUAAACAAAGGGAUUUAACUCCUAAAUGGCAAAGGAUUGAGCAGUGAGGCUGCAGGGGCAUGUUCUAUACACCAAAACUGCUUCAUUAAGCUAAAGUUGUUCAGGUGACUAUAGUGUCCCUUUAAUGUAAGGUCAACAAUGCAGCUAUUUUUUUUUUCUUUUUAAUUUUAGAGUUAAGAUUAUUAAAUCUCAAGAAGACGUUAUGUCAGUGUGUCCUACAAUCGUGACAGAAGACAGUAUGCAGGCACAGCAUUUGGCUGCCACCCUUGCAUUGUAUCAGCUCACCAAGGGGCAGGUGAGAUGACUUGAUAAUAUUGUUUUUAGAGUUUGUGAAUUACAUUUUAGGCACAAUACCAACUUUCAUUGAUCAUUAUGUAUGCACUAUAGUCUAAUCCCCAGAAAUGUCCUAAAAAAAACCUCUUAUGGUUGCUUCAAGCAAACACCUUUUUUCAUAAGACUAGAAGGACUCAUGGAGGAAGCAGAAUCAAAUACUACUGUUUAUAAAAUGUACUACUUUACUUUUCUAAAACAUUAAAAGUAUUUAUGGGUUUAUCUAUAAAAUCCAACUGUAAUCUAAUUAAACCAGAAUGUCCAAAUAGCCGAUCUGGAAAUAUUAUCCAACUCUGCUAGUGUCAUAGCUAGGCUAUUUUUAGUCCUGCCAAUCCAUUCACUAUAAUAUAAUCAUCUUAACCAGUACAGCCCACUGUAGUGGUUAUGGUGUGAGAAGUGCUCUGGCCCAUUUCCCAGUAAUGGGGACAAACCAUCAUAGGUCUUUCCUCCUCUGAUUACCUGCAUCUGGCUUGUGCUGAGGCUUUCUCCAUUCAUUGGUUGAGAGCAUCAGAUGACCACCCUCAGCCAAUGGAUUCAGUUAUGUGGAUAGAAAUAAGCGCAGACUUGACAUUAGGCUGGUUGAUCACGCCCCAGUGAAAUGCUGGAGAGGUGUUAAUGCUGCACAUACAGAUUUCAGGCAAUACUAAAUUACUGAAGUGGUCAUGGUGCUUGUAGUAACCUUUUCAGUUAAAGUGGCUCUGUCACCACAAACUUGCCAUUCUCCCAGCUAACAAAGGGCGAGGCUUGUCUUAAGCUCUCCCGUUUGUCAAGAUUGCCAAGUGCACGAAAAUGCAUUUGAUUGAAGUAGUCCAUACUUUCUUAUGUUUUAAAGAGAAAUAGAUUAGAAAAGAAAAACCGAGUCUGAAAGAGGAAGACAAGAGGAAACAAUUGUUUAAGGUGACAGAGCCACUUUAAUAAAUGCUGUAGUGUCAUUCAAACAUUAUUAUUGCAAUAGCCAAUUUUGGUGGUAAUUUAAUUACUCUUUAUUGUGCACUAAGAUUGCAACAUAGCAUCAAAUUUUAUAUUUUUAUAAAUGUUCCUUUAUAUUUAAAAUAAUUUAUGAUCAGCCUUUUAGUUAAUUUUUAUGGGAACAGUCACUUACCAGGAUUUGUUUACAUUAUGUCUACUUACUUUCUAUAAUUAAAAAAAGAUUUGUAUGAGCGGUUAGAGAAAUGAAAGUAAAUGAAUACUUUGCACACCAAGAUCACUACAGCACUCUGUAGUGGUUAAGGUGCCAGAAUUAUCAUACCACCUUCCCACUGUAAGAGUCAAUCCAUUUUCCCCAUUUAAUACUUACAUGGUUAACAACUAGUUGAAAUUCUCCUUCUUCCAUUCGCAAUAUGCGUUCCAUCCAUCAUUGGACAGAAUAUAUUGGCUGAGAAUGUCAGGUGACGUUCCUUAGCCAAUGAAUUCCAUCCAAAGUUGGACAAUAUUGACAUUGCUAGAGCAGAGGGGGCUAUUUAUGCCAGAGAGCUGAUGCGUGGAGGACCCAGGUAAGUGUCAAACUGCUCAGUCAGCUGACACAGGUUUGGGAACUAUAUUUUCACUAAUGCUCAACCAGCCCACAUCAGAAAUUAAAUAGAGUUGGUUACAAUGAAACAAUACAGCAAUUCCCCUACUUCUGAUCCUUUACAGUAGAUGUAGGAGGGCUGAUAUCACAGCUUCAUGCUGCAGCCAGGUGCUGCAUGCUAGACUGCCAUUUUGAGCUGCCAACAUUCUGUUGCUCUAAGAAGCUGUCUUCUCCAAAGAUGGCAACACACAGUCAUUACUAUAACAUUAUAUUUCUAUGUCUGGCUUACGGGCCCCUUAUAUUCCUUUUAUGAGGCUGGGUUUGGCCACCAUUUCCCACCAUCCAUACUGCUAGAUCGUAGUACUGAGAAUAUUGUCAUGUGCCAUGUUCUUUUGUUGUGAUUUUUCCAAUGCCUUUAUAUAUUCCUUAUACCUGCAGUCCGUACACCAGCUGCUGCCUCACACUUACAGAGAUGUUUGGUUAGAGUGGAGCGAUGAAGAAAAAAGUAAACUGGAACAAAACAAAAUGGAGUCCAACAAACCUCGUGACCAGUUUAUUUCCAAGCUACUGAGCAAGUUAAAACUGCAACAGCAGCAGCAGGAGCAGCCUGUUACAGAAACCAAGGUGUUAACGGACCCAGAGGACUCCUGGGAAAAUCUGGCUUCAGAAGAUGACCUAAACCAAAUGGCAUUAGAUCGUAUGGAAAUGGACAAUUUAGAACCUGUGAGAAAUCUUUUUGUCAAAGCCAGAGAUUCUGCAAAGUAUCAGAGGCUCCUGAAUGAAAGGGAACAACUUCCUGUUUUUGCACACAAGAACAUUAUUUUAGAAACACUUAACAGACAUCGGGUAAUUGUGGUGGCUGGAGAAACAGGAAGCGGUAAAAGUACCCAAGUCCCCCAAUUCUUACUGGAAGAUAUGCUUCAGAAUAGGUGGAACUCAGGGAAAUGUAAUAUUGUGUGCACCCAGCCUCGCAGAAUCUCUGCCAUGAGUCUGGCUACGAGAGUGUGUGAAGAGCUUGGAUGUGAAUCUGGACCCGGAGGAAGGGUAAGAAAAAACACCAUUUAAUAAUUGCAAAUCUUAAUGGAUUUUAUGAUAGCUCAGUAUUUCUGUCUUUGUUUUCUCUCACGCGCACUGCCCCUGAGUCAAAAGCAUCCAUUUAAUUCUAGUAAAAUGCCAGACAUUUAUAUUUACUUGUUCUUUAUCUUCUUUCCCAGAUUUUCACAAAUAACUACAUAAAAGUAAAAAGAGCUUUUAUACAAUUUGAAAUCAAUAAGACAGGUUUUGCUAAUAAUUUCUUACUAUGUUUUUGAGCAUAGUGGCAUUUUUCAAUAUACUUUUAUUUAUUUUCAUUUUACGUUGAAAAGACAUAAUGUCAAGGUUAUUCAAUAAAAUGGGAUUUGUCAGAAAUUUAAAGUGAAUUCCAAAUUUUUGAAAAAUUCUCAAAGCCAGUAACGUUUCGUUGUGCUUAUUUUGGCAUAACGUUUAAAGAGAUAUAAAGUGAUUUGGGGCCUAUUUGCUGCCCAUUGAGCUUUCCAAAAGGAAACAGUGCAGUUAUUGAAAAAUGGCACAGCUUACAUUUUGCACUCCCCAUGCUGGUGGUGAUUGUCAUUCAGACAACAACUAUGUGCUUUGGACUAAAUAGAUUAAAUAAUUUAUUUCAUGUCCAGCAUAAGUAUGCUGACUCUUAUCAGCAUCCCCUCAUAGACAUCCAAUUAAUCAAUGGAGCUCUAUGGGGAACAUUCAGUGUCUCCAUGCAGAGGGUCAAGACACUGUGCAGCACUGGACUAGGAAGCACCUAUAGUGACCAUCUGGAUGAUUGCUACUAGUGGUGUAACUAGCCAUCAAUGUAAACGCUGCAUUUUGCUAAUAAAGCAGUGUUUACAAUGCUAACACUUCAGGGACAGGCUAUACACACCAGAACCACUACAUUAAGCUGUAGUGGUUCUGUUGACUAUAGUGUUUCUUUAAGUUAAGUUUAAUUACAUUUUAAAGAGGUCCCAAUAAUCUAAACUGAUACAAGUACAUGUCAAACUUUUCAAAAGAUGUCAAGGUUAUUUGCCAAGCUGCAAGUUUUGCAAAUUAAAUCUGAUUAGAUAAAGUUAACAAAGUUGUUACUAUCAGAGUUAUUUACUAAACUGACAAAUCAAAUUUAAAAUUUAAGUCUCUAAGUCAGCAGUGCUUUCAGAUCAGCAACUCUGGCCUUAAUUUUGUAAUCCACUUUGAAUUCUCACUAUAACUAUCUAACCCUAUAUGACUAUGUAUGUUAUCAUUUUCUCACUACCUGCUUAUUUUCUUGGCCUAACGUAAAGGGACACAACUGCCACUCUAUUAUUUUUUUUUGUAGAACUCCCUCUGUGGGUAUCAGAUUCGUAUGGAAUCAAGGACAGGAGAGUUUACCAGACUGUUGUACUGUACCACCGGAAUACUGCUUCGGAAACUACAGGAUGAUAGCAUGUUGAAGAACAUAACACAUGUCAUUGUGGAUGAGGUAAGUCGGGAGUGAAGAAAGGUGAAGAUGAUUUGUACUUCCAGAGAGAGAGAGAGAGAGUACUGUGAGAAAAUUGAUUUGGAAAUAUUUAUAAACUGUGAGUCCGAGGUUACUCAGGCAUUGGUAAAACAUAUGGAAAAGGAAAACAAACAAAAGGAUGGGACUGCGCCAAUAGGCAAGGUAAAUAAAUGUAAAGUCCUGGUAGGGGUAGUGAUAAUACAACGGAGUCCAGUAUAGUGGAACUUAGAUCCUAGAUUGGUCUCUGGAGUUGCAGGGUUCUGCUCCUUACAGGUUUCGAAUGUAUAGAAGAGGGCGAUGAGUGAUGAAAAGGGUGGUCCAAGAGAUAAUGUAAAUAGAAGAGAUCUUACUUUUUGUAGAGCUUAAACCAGCUCUGGUGUGAAUAGCUUGCAGCAGUAUGAUCCCCGCUUAUGGGAUGUGCGGUAGGUAUCCUCUUUGGUGCAGUAACAGACAGCCUGUAGGAAGAUAAAACGAAAACAAUAAUGGUGCAGUAUGUCCCAAAAAUUAAAUUAAAAAAUUAAAAUAUAGUAGAACCACUCACAUUUGAUAGAGCUUAUACUAGCUCUAGUGUAGUAGGCAUACAGCGGUAUGAUCCCUGCCUCUGAGAUAUAUGGUAAUCUUCCUUGGAGAUGGUAACAGGAGCUCGGAGAGAAGAUAAUGAAACAGCAAUAGUGCUCUUAGUAAAAUAUUUCUGGUAUAUAAAAUAUAAUAAAAUGUACUCACAGUAUAUAGGGCAGACUAACUGCUGUAUGACGCGGGUACGGGUGGUAUAAUCCCCACCUAAGGAUUCUUUAGAGUAUAAGGAAAAGUAAAAUAAGGUAAAAGCCAGGUAGUAGUAAAAAUAAUAAAAAAUAAAAGAUAAUGGUGCAAAAGAGUAAAAGGACCAAAAUCUAUUUAUUAACAAUAAUUUAAAAGCAGUGCAAUAUCCAAACGCGUUUCACCAAUAUAGGCUUUAUCAAUGGAUUUAAAAAAAAAAAAAACGCUGCAAGCUAUUCACACCAGAGCUGGUUUAAGAUCUACAAAAAGUAAGAUCUCUUCUAUUUACAUUAUCUCUUGGACCUCCCUUUUCAUCACUCAUCGCCCUCUUCUAUACAUUCGAAACCUGUAAGGAGCAGAACCCUACAACUCCAGAGACCAACCUAGGAUCCAAGUUCCAGUAUACUGGACUCCGUUGUAUUAUCACUACCCCUACCAGGACUUUAAAUUUAUUUACCUUGCCUAUUGGCGCAGUCCCAUCCCUUUGUUUGUUUGUUUGCCUUUUCCAUUUAUUUCAAGGACAAGUGAGGGAGUUCUUGUUUGGGAUUGCUGCCUUUUUUCUUUCUUUUGAUAUAAUUCGCGCUGACUCUAUUUUCUGUUAUUGGUAAAACAUAUGCACAAACCCUUUGUUCUGUCAUUUUACCCUCUGUUAAGGUUGGGUGUUCACAAUAUUAGGGGCAGCUUGCCUUGAUAUCCAUAUCCUGAGUGGGACUGGGUGCUGAGCAUCUUUCUGUUUGUGAGCCGGUGUAAGUAGUGUUAUGUGGUAUACUGAAAUAAUCAAACCCCAAGUUAAUAUUGUGUCUUCAUACAGGUACAUGAAAGGACUGUCCAAUCUGACUUUCUGCUCAUAAUUCUAAGAGAGAUUCUGCACAAGCGCUCGGACCUGCACCUUGUACUAAUGAGCGCUACCGUGGAUGCUGAAAAGUUCUCCAGAUAUUUCACACACUGUCCCAUCAUAAGGAUCUCUGGAAGAACCUACCCUGUUGAGGUAUCUGUGAAGUUAUUUUUCAUACACUCGAUUAAAACAAUGGUACUGAGGGCAUAUGGAAUAAGAAACCUCUUUACAAAACUACAUCUUUGUCCGUUUUCAUGUAAGGAUUACUUUUGAUAUUUUUAUUUUAGUUUUUGUUUAGUCUUGCUAAUUGGCUACACACACUGGUAUGGGAUUAAGUUGAAAUGAAAGUCUUCUAGAAACCUGCUGUGUAUUAAGAAUGUAACAAACAGACUCUUAGAUUUAUCCUUUCUGCUGCAUUGAGGCCAGUUUCCUUAAAAGGAUCCUAUAGUGCCAGGAAAACAAAGUAGUUUUCCUGGCACUACAGGGUUAAUAGGUCCACUUACCUAAAUCCAGCGCUGAUGUCCCUCGGCGCUGGGUAAGGCUCCGCUCGCUCAGUCAGCCAACAGGUGAGAUCUAAUCCGCAUGCGCGGCAAUGUGCUGCUCGCACAUUAGACAUUCCCAUAGGAAAGCAUUAUUCACUGCUUUCCUAUUGGGAAAAUCUGAUGCUGGAGGUCUGUGAGGAUGUCCAGUGUCAGAUAACGGACUAAAAGUCCGUUUGGAUUUCGGAAGUGCCCCCAGUGGCUGUCUGGUAGACAGCCACUGGGGGGAGACUUAGAGCUGCAAUGUAAACAUUGCAGUUCUCUGCAACUGCAAUGUUUAACAUUGCAGCACUAAGUGCAAAAGGGUCACAGCAUCCAGACCACUUCAGUUAGCUUAAGUGGCCUGGGUGCCUACAGUGUCCCUUAAUGCCCCGCUUCCAGUGUGUGUGUGUGUGUGUGUGUGUGUGUGUGUUUCACAGUCAUUGAUAAGUAGCAAAAGACUCAGGAUAAUUAUACAAACUGAAAGUGAAAAUUAGAAGGGAAAUAUAGUCCCUCGUACUGUUGUGUUGUGUUUUGUUUUGUUUAUUUAUUUUAAAUCUCAGGUAUAUGCUUUGUGUAUGAGUGUUUCACAGAGUUCCACAGCAAAAAGCUCCCAAUAAUAUACAGUGUUUAACCCCUUCACUUCCAGAAUCAAGUAUAGACAUUUUUUCAUGUACUUUUGCAGAAUGAAACACAUAAAACCUCACUCACCUUAAUUCAUACUCUUGGAAAGUUUGUCAGCAUGUAGAGGAAUGAAUUUCUCUGCCAGAAGCCACUAAUGGCGACAAGUGUGCUGAAUAAUUCUGCUGGCUCCCUCCUUCCAAACAGUAAAAGACAUUUUAAUGGGUCAUAUCAUUCCUACAGUUAGGUACAGGUGGGGAUAUAUGCUUUAACUUUGUUGACUGUGUGUAGACAUUAUUUUGAAAUUCAGAUGUUCUUUUUAUAUUCUGAUACAACUUUUAGUAAGCUGUAUUGCAAGUAAUGCCUUCAGAGUCCAUACAAAUACCAUUUAAAUAGGCUAAUUUGUUUUACCUAUUAAUGUCACACCUACUGUAUGUGAGAAAAAUAUAUAUUUUUUAUUUUAUUAUAUCAUUUCAGACCCUGUGUGAAAUAUAUUAUAAAGGAUACUGCGUAUUGUCUAAAGCCUGUAAUUUCACAUCUAUUUUUAUAAAGCCUUAAUGAAUAAGUAAAAAAUAAAAAUUGCUAAAAUUUACAUAAUUUUUAUUUUUGCGUUUUGUCUGAAAUGCAAUCUAUACAUAAAAUUGCUGUUUUACUAUAUGUUUAUCUGCUAGCUAUGCAUCCCUUGCUUCAAAUAAAUAUUAUGCUAAGUGUUUUGCAGAGAUCCACAGCAAUAAAACUUAGUUUAGAGUGCAUGAAUUUAUCACGGAGUUCUGGUGUGUGUUGUGUGGUAUGCUGAAUGAAUCUGGCGAGGUGGCUUAGUGUGGGGCUGCUGACGAUCCCUGGUGGUCCAGCGUGGGCGUGCUGUAACCAGGAGGAAGUUUCAUAAAGUAGUCUGAACCCAACAGAAAUGUAAGCUAACUUGCUUGCUACCGGCAGUGCUCCCCCUGUCUCACCUGAUUCCCUGAGGGCAUGGCCUCAGUGACCUAAUGAUUAAUCUGUGCCUACAGAUAUGGAGAGAUGGGAAAAAUCGAUUUUACAUUUUUAAAAAGUGGAUGCAAGCCUUUUGGGUAUAAAUAAGGAGAUAUGCAUUACACAACCUUCAUACUUUACGAAUGUAUAAAUAAAAAGAUAUACAUUAAACAACUUCAUAAUAUACCUAUGUAUAAAUAAGAAGAUGUGCAUUUUCCCAAAACAAGGAUAGAAGGUGCCUGUAGCAAAUGUGUUAAAAAUGAUAAGCUUAGAGUCAUGUCUACAAAUGCUCACAGUUUAGGGAAUAAGAUCCAUGAACUUGUGGCAAUAAUGGCAACUGAUAAUGUAGAUAUAGUCGCUGUUACUGCGACUUGGUAUAAUGAGAAAAGUGACUGGGACAUAGCAAUACCAGGGUACUCUUUUUAUAUAGAAAAGACAGGGAAGGCAAGAAAGGGGGAGGAGUGGCCCUGUAUGUGAAAGAUAGCAUAAAAUCUAGCCUAAUAAAAGUUAGUGAGGCGAACAUAGAGUCCGUUUGGGUUACGUUAGAAUUUGGUAAUCACACAGUAACUCGUGUAGGUGUGAUUUAUAGGCCCCCAGGGCAAAUAAAAGAGUUAGAUAAUCUACUAGUUGAGGAAAUAGCUAAAAUGACAAUGAAGGGGGAAGUUAUCAUCAUGGGUGACUUUAGUCUUCCUGAUGUGAAUUGGAAAACAAAAAUAGCUGCUUGUGCCAGGAGCACACAUAUUCUAAACUCCUUACUGGGAUUGUCUCUAAAACAAGUCGUUGAUGAACCAACUCGUAAAGAGGCGAUACUACAUUUAGUGUUAACAAAUGGAGAUUUGGUAUCCGAUAUUACUGUAGGUGAAUGUUUAGGAUCCAGUGAUCAUCAGUCAGUGUGGUUUAAUAUAAGAACAGUGAUUGAGUCACACCACACAAAAACAAAAGUUUUAGACUUUAAAAAAAAAAACAGACUUUUCUAAAAUUAAAAUAUGUGUAAAGGAGUCAUUAUCAGACUGGAGCAAUUUAAAUGGCGUCCAAGAGAAAUGGGAUUACUUAAAAGUUGCACUGCUGAAGGCAACAAAAAAUUGCAUUAGGCUUGUCAGUAAAAGCAAAAAAUUCAAGAAACCACUGUGGUACUCCGCAGAUGUGGAAAGUGAGGAAGACAGAAUGAUCUAUAAGAUUAGGCAGAGGCUAAGCAAGUUAUAAGAGCUUCCAAAUCACACACAGAAGAGAAAAUAGCAUAGUCAGUGAAAAAAAGAUUGGAAGUUAGCGAAUGUUGUGCCCAUUCACAAGAAAGGUAGUAGGGAGGAGUCGGGCAACUAUAGACCAGUAAGCCUUACUUCAGUAGUGGGGAAAGUAAUGGAAACCAUGUUAAAGGACAGGAUUGUUGAACCUCUAAAAACACAUGGAUUUCUAGAUCAGCAACAACUUGGGUUUACUUCAGGGAGAUCAUGCCAAACUAAUCUUAUUGAUUUUUUUUGAUUGGGUAACUAUAAUUAUAGAUCAGGGUGGUGCAGUAGACAUUGCUUACCUAGAUUUCAGUAAGGCUGUUGACACUGUUGCACAUAGAAGUCUGAUCAAUAAACUGCAAUCUUUAAGUUUGGAUUCCAAUAUUGUUGAAUGGGUAAGGCAGUGGCUGAGUGACAGGCAACAGAGGGUUGUAGUCAAUGGAAUAUAUAUUCGAAGCUUGGGCUUGUCACCAGAGGGGUACCUCAGGGACAUGUACUUGGACCCAUUCUCUUUAAUAUUUUUAUUAGUGAUAUUGCAGAAGGUCUUGAUGGUAAGGUAUGUCUUUUUUUUUUCUGAUGAUACUAAGAUAUGUAAUAGGGUUGAUGUUCCAGGAGGGAUAAGCCAAAUGGCAAAUGAUUUAGGUAAACUAGAAAAAUGGUCAGAGUUGUGGCAACUGACAUUUAAUGUGGAUAAGUGCAAGAUAUUGCAUCUUGGACGUAAAAACCCAAGGGCAGAGUACAGACUAUUUGAUAGAGUCCUAACCUCAACAUCUGAGGAAAGAGAUUUAGGGGUGAUUAUUUCUGAUGACUUAAAGGUAGGCAGACAAUGUAACAUAGCAGCAGGAAAUGCUAGCAGAAUGCUUGGCUGUAUAGGGAGAGGUAUUAGCAGUAGAAAGAGGGAAGUGCUCAUGCCAUUGUACAGAACACUGGUGAGACCUCACUUGGAGUAUUGUACGCAGUACUGGAGACUGUAUCUUAUCUUUAGAAGGAUAUUGAUACUUUAGAGAGAGUUCAGAGAAGGGCUACUAAACUGGUUCAUCUUUCCUCCAAGCUAUAAAUAUUAAGAUCCUUUAACCUUUUCUGGUAAGUUUUACCCUGCAAUCCAUGAGACAUGGGGUAUAUGAUAGAAACAUUUAAAUACAUACAGGGAAUCAACACAGUAAAGGAGGAGACCAUAUUUAAAACAAGAAAAACUACCACAACAAGAGGACCUAGUCUUAAAUUAGAGGGGCAAAGGUUUAAAAAUAAUAUCAGGAAGUAUUACUUUACUGAGAGGGUAGUGGAUGCAUGGAAUAGCCUUCCAGCUGAAGUGGUAGAGGUUAACACAGUAAAGGAGUUUAAGCAUGUGUGGAAUAGGCAUAAGGCUAUCCUAACUAUAAGGCAUGGGACUAAUGAAAGUAUUUAGAAAACUGGGCAGACUAGAUGGGCCAAAUGGUUCUUAUCUGCCGUCACAUUCUAUGUUUCUAUGUUACUUCCAGCUCUGACUUGCUUGAUUUUUGCCCCAAAUUUCUUUAGGUUUUUCACUUGGAGGAUAUAGUUGAAGAGACUGGUUUUGUUCUGGAGCAAGAUUCUGAGUAUUGUCAGAGGUUCUUAGAAGAUGACGAAGAAAUCACUCUCAGUAUAACUGGCAAAGGAGGUAGCAGCAAAAAAUACCAGGUGACAUUCAAACUAUUACUGUAGCUGCCCACGCUACCCCACCAUUUCUUUUACCCCAUAGGCAUGGAGGGCCUAUUUAUAACCUUUAGAAUGUUGCAUGGAGGCUUAUACAUGGUUAAUACCAUAGAAAGGGCAAGCCCAGACCUAAUUCUACUCUUUACCUAUAUAAUGCGAAGUAUAUGGAAAAGAUGGCUAGAUCGUAACAUUGAUUGCCCUAAAGUGAAGUGGGGAUUAUUGUGUUUUUAUAAUUACCUCUUCUGCUCACACCAUUAUAUUUAGAGCUUCAGUGGCAUUUACUGAAGGGAUGACAAACUAUCUUUGUGAAAAAGUGACAGUUCCUGUUUAAAACAUUUCUACUACAGUCUUAUCCAUCUGCAUUAAAUGAUUUCCCAGACAGUAAAGUCACCAUCUGAAAAACAAAUAUUUUCUUAGCUGUAAUUAAACCAAGAAUUGUUUAUAACUUUACCUGAAAUCUCAUCUUCUUUUCAGGAGUUCAUCCCUGGUCAGUUGAGUACUGAUUUGGAUCCAAGCCCUCACUACCAGAAGUUCAGCAAUAGGACACGCCACGCUGUUCUCUACAUGAACCCAAACAAAAUCAAUCUGGACCUAAUCCUCCAACUGCUGAUAUUCUUAGGUACGUUAUAGGUCGUGAUUUGUAAAGGCAGCAUGAGCAUCUCUCUGUACACUAUACAGUCACUAGUGGUGCUCUGUCCUGUACAUCAAGUAGUAUAUGAGGUUUUCUUUGCACUAUAUAAUGUAGAAACGUGCUUUAUAACCGGGUUUCUCAGUGUUCGUUUCAACGAGUAAGGAGCACUUUAACAAACAGCCACUAGAGCUUGCUGAAGUGUUUAGAGUGCCUGGAGUCCACUGGUUUAAUAUCUGCAAGUUCAAGAACAUUUUUAUAUAAAUUUUGGCUGCAUUAUUAAUGUGGAAUUAACACUCCUUCAUUAUCAGUGUCCAACCUGGGAGAAACUGAUUGGUUUACAGCAGUGGGGGCAGGUUAAUGCAUCUCAUCCAGAUUGGACAAAAUUGACAUUUAUAUUUAGACAACGAGUUAAGUACCCUUGAGGUACGGAAUGCAUUCAGCGGCUCUACAUUUUAGUGUGGUUGUGGACUCUUCUAGCUUGCUGUGACCUUUUUCUCCUCUGUUUUGAUUUUGUAUUAAACAUUGUUAUUUUGUACUUUACGCUCUUUACGGUACUUUACGCUUUUUGUUUCUCCACCACUCAGACAAAAGUGCACAGUACAGGAAUGUGGAGGGAGCUGUGCUCAUCUUUCUGCCAGGACUGGCUGACAUCCAGCAGCUGUAUGAUCUGUUGUCUUCUGAUAAGAGGUUUCAGGACAGGAGAAGGUAAUCAGUGUUAGCUGACCUGUUGAUAAUUAACCCCUUUAGCUGCUAGAUUAUUUCACAUCCAUGUGCCUAAAGCUUUUAUUCAUGCUUUUGUGCCCCCCUGCCUUUGAACCCCCUCUUUUCAAAAUGUAUCUUUUGUCCCUCUGUGUUUUCUAGGGAGUUAUUUGGUCUCUAAAUGAGCCACUAGUUCAAGUGACUUGUAGAUUACAGGGCAUGUGACCCCUGAUUCCCAUAUGGAUUACCGUUUGUAAAUGGGAUCACUAGUAUCCUAAGUGAACAAAAGACUCUUCAUUUUAAAGGGCAGGUUCUGACCACUCUAAUGAAGGGUACCUUGUCCCCAAUAAAGCAGACUGAAAGAAAUGGGUUGUGUUAGAUUCCCUCCUCCCCAAAGACAAACAUAAUUGUCAGAAGUGUCUCUUGGCUCUCCCUCAUUUUGUGAGAUUACCACAGAUUGCAUAAUGUCCCAAGGCGCCGGGGACAUCUUUAAUUUGUAUAACGAGGAGGAAUAAUUGGAUCGCUCCUUAUUAUGGUUUGGAAAUGCAGGAGACUGCAUUAUGUUGUGAGAAGUGUAUUGGAAUGGGGAGAGGAGUGCUAAGAGGCAGCCUUGUAGUGCACAAUGCUGCAAAGCACUUCUUUGUUAGUUUCAAAAACUAUGCAUACUACAGCAUGAAAAAAUAUACAGCAUAUUUCUCAGCUAACAUCUUCAAACAUCUAUCAGAUUGUUGGUGCCCAGAGUAUAACUUGAUACAAGCAGAGAUUCAAUUCAGAUUCUUGAAAUUGUAUGACUGUGAGAUUUUCUCAUUUCAGAUACAAAGUGAUAGCAUUGCAUUCAAUCCUUUCCAGUCAGGAUCAGGCUGAAGCUUUUAUACUACCCCCACCAGGAACCAGGAAGGUAGGGUGACUAUUUUAGAUGCCAAGAUGUAUUUAUUAACAUAGUACUGAUGUGUGGGGCUGCUAAAAAGACAGGACUUGGUAUGUAUACAGAUAUCUAGUUUGGGGACCAUUUUAAAUGAUUUUAUCGGUCACAAUUGAUAUAUUUUCAUUCUGCAAUCAUCAUAUACUUAGUAAGCAAGUUGCUCAAGGAAAGUUUUAAUUUCUGUUUAAGUGAUUGUUGAAGGAGGAAAAAAAGUGUAUAAAAAAAUAUGGACAUCCCCGGCAGGACUUUGAGGUGAUCCGGAUAGAGCCUCUGGGACCGACACAGUCAGUAUAAUCACAGGCGAUGCAUGAGAGAGCACGUUUUUUGUUAUACUUACAAAAAGUACAUGCUUGGGUGCAGCUGGCUUCCCCACUGGAGGGCCAGAGUAUAUCUCUUGAAUUUGCCUGUAGAAGCUGCAUCUAUCCAUCUAAAUCUGUAUUACUACUCUUACAUAGUGCUGCGGUGCACACUCAGGCUCAAUGAUAGUGUAGCAAUUUAUAUCUUUUACUGUGCAUUGUUCUUACCAUUCCGUACUGAAUAUUUUUAAAUGCAUGGAUAUUGUUCAAAUUUUUGUCUUUUACUAUACAUUGUUAUUACCAUUUUGUAUUGUCUGUCUUUAAACACGUCUGAUCUACAAUAAAAAGAAAAUAAAUUUAAAAAAAAUAUGGACAGCUUUUUUCUUUUGACGAUGAUUAUAAAUUUUUAAUCUGCACAUCAGGGUAUUAAAAUAAUUUUUAUAUUAAUAAAUAAUGAAUAAUUAACAACACGUUUUUGUUUUUUUCUGUUUCUUUACUUGUAACCUAUUUACCAGAAUGUACCCAGGCUUACUGUUUUGUAAAUUUCUACAUUAUUGUAACUGGUUUUGCAGCAGGUACAGAUAUCAGAAUUAAAAAGGAAGUUAAAGGCACGGGGCUCAUGGCACACUCACCAGAGCUAACAUUUUCACUCUGCAAUGCUGAAUGGAAAUUUUGGGCCCUGGGAUAUAAUAUAUAAUGUGUGUGUGUGGGUCACAGAGAACUGUAGACUUGAAUUUUAGAUGAAUUGUUAAGAUUUACACUGUUAUUUUGAGUGCGUAGUAUACAUUGUCAUAUAAAGGUAUUUCUGAUUUUUUAUUUUUUAUUUUUUCUAAACAGAUUGUAUUGGCAACAAAUAUUGCAGAAACAGGAAUUACCAUCCCCGAUGUGGUGUUUGUCAUUGAUGCUGGACGCACAAAGGAAAAUAGGUAAUCACAUAUUUUCUGAUAAGAACCAAUGCUUCACCAUGAGGAUAGGCAGCCUCUUGAUUCUCUGGACUACACCUCCCAUGAUGCUUUGCCAUUCUGAAGGUUGACUGAUCAUCCUGAAAGAUAUAGUUUACCACAUGUGAAAUGUCAGAGGUUGCCAAUUAAUAAUUAUUAUUUUUAGACUAACUUUUAAAAAUGUCUUCCAAACGUUGUGUAAAUAUGGGCCAUCCCUCCAUUGGUCCGCAAUAUGCGUAAUCUAACUAAAUUUAGAUGAACUGUAGUAAUUGCAAAAUAGCUCACAAAGUGCUUGAGCAGGGCACAUUUUGGUAUUCUAAAAAUCAGCGAAGGGACACAGAUGCUCCAUGUUCACAGUAAAGUUAACAAGUUGGUAAGAAGUCCAAAAAAGUUAACUAAUUCCUGUUACGCUUCACGAACAGCAUUUCCUCAGUGUUUCUCCUCAAAAGGAUAAAGGAGACUGCAUGCCCAUUAUUGAAGCAAACAUCCUAUUAUUUAUAUCGGACUUUAAGAUGUACAGUAUAGGGAGCCAUUUAUGUUUUCUUACGAACUGUAUAAUGAUAUCUACUUUUAUUGUAUCUAUGUUUAUAUCACCUUGGCAGGUAUCAUGAAAGCAGUCAGAUGAGCUCCCUGGUUGAGACUUUUAUUAGCAAAGCUAGUGCCUUGCAACGCCAAGGAAGAGCUGGUCGUGUUCGGCCUGGAUUCUGCUUCAGACUUUAUACAGAGGAAAGGUAAAUCGCCUUGUUUCUAAUUGCAGUGAAAAAUCUCCCUUAAACAUGCUCUGAUUAUGAGACCUAUUAAAUGGCCAAACAUAAAUCAAGUUUAGCGAUCUAUAUCAGUACAUCUAGUUUGGCAGAGGAUUCCAAUUCUUGACAUUCAUCAAUCACUGGAGAGCCCCCAAGUUUACAUGCAAAGUGGUCACUAUUCCAUAAUUUAUUCUUCUUGUCUGAUUUAAAUAUCUGUGGAUUUUUUAUUAUUAUUUUUUUUCCUACAGAUUUGGGAGUUUUUUAGCUUACUCUGUUCCUGAAAUUCUGAGAGUACCUUUGGAAGAGCUGUGUCUACACAUCAUGGUGACACAUUUAAUUUCUUCAAUUUUAUGUUUAAAUUAUUAAUCGAUGUUCAAUGUAUUACCUUUUAUGUUGCAUUCUUAGAAAUAAUAAUUUUGUAUUUUGUGCAAAAAUAUAAAUUUAAAACUAAAAGUAGACCUGUUUAAUGAUAUUAAAUCAUUUGCAUAUGUUUGUUUUUUUGUUUUUGUUUGUUUUACAGUGAGAGCAAUUUAUGUUUUCUGUUUGUUCAUAGUCAGUACCACAAGUGUAGAGAACUCCAGAAUGUGUUGUUGAUUUGUAAAUAAUAAAUUUAAAUACUUUGUUUCCCGUCUCUAGAAAUGUGAUCUUGGAUCUCCUGAGGACUUUUUGUCAAAGGCAUUAGAUCCUCCUCAGCUUCAGGUCAUCAGUAAUGCAAUGAACCUUCUGCGGAAGAUAGGAGCUUGCGAGUUGACUCUGCCCAAACUGACACCUUUGGGUCAGCAUCUUGCUGCAUUGCCAGUCAAUGUGAAGAUUGGCAAAAUGCUCAUCUUUGGAGCGAUAUUUGGCUGUCUUGACACUGUAGUAAGUUGAUGAUCCUACAUCUUGUUUAAUUGACUUUCCUAUAUCGAUGAAUAUAUUUACCUUUCUAUCAACAAAAGAUAAUAAUAAUGAACUUGGCCAUUGUAAAUACCAAGAAAUUUUUAAACAGAGAAAUCCCAGAUUUUCUAAAUUAAUAUUAAAAAACUAAUAAUAUUUUUUGGAAGAUAGUGACAGUGAGUACCCAGAAAAUAAUAAUAUUUUCCUGCCCUAUCUCUCGGGCCAAGCGGCAUUUAAGUUACAGUCCUGAGAGCAAAGAUGCCUCACUGGGGCAUUGGCUGCUGUAAACGCUGAUAGAGUGGGAAUAUGAUUUCAUAUCCUAACUCGUUUCUUAAUAAAGCGUCCUGAGAGAGCAUCGGGGGAUAUAAAUAUUUUUAUAGAUUGCCACUGUGUCAAACGCUCAUAAAAGUCAAACGUUCUAGUGCAUCUUUAGAAGAAUCUCUGUAGAGGUGUUUUAUUUUAAUAGUAAAUAAUGUUGCAGAUUAGAAAUUCACAAACUCUGGUAGGACUGGAUUAAUGAUGAUUUAACUUCACAGAUGUCAUUCAAACGUUCCGAGAUUUUAUUCUUGUUAAAAGCAAUUGGUACCAGAGAUGCAAACGAUCACUGAAGCAAAUAGCAAACUUAGAUGUCAUCAGGGCUGUAUUUUAAUUGCUUCUAAAAAAAUAAGCUAAUCAUCAUAAAAAAGUGAUGUUACUUUCUUACAAUUUACUGAUCUCGGUGCAUUAUGUGGACUAUAGAGUGUAGACUUUUUUUUUUUUUUUAAAGCGACACGAUAUUUACCAUGAUGUUAGAAUUUACACAAUAAUAAUACCCUUUUACACAGUGCUCUUACUCUUUCUCAGAGUGUUUUCACAGUGUAUCCAGAUAGCGUUUUUAUGUAAUAUUCCAUGCAGUGACAUUUGAUUAUCAUCUCUCAUUUGUUCAGUUUUGUAUUGUGCAUGUUAUAACUGAUUAGUGUUGUAAAACUUUUCACUUUGUGUCUACUAAUAGGCAAUUCUAGCAGCCACAAUGACUGAGAAAUCCCCAUUUAUAACACCAAUCGGCAGAAAAGAUGAGGCGGAUCUGGCAAAGUCAGCCUUAGCCAUAGCAAACUCUGAUCACCUUACCAUCUUCAGAGCAUAUAUGGGGUAAGCCAGCCACAUAAAUGUAUAGGAAUUACAUUGUUACUUUAUAAAUUAACUGGCAAUGCCGGUGAUGCCUAUUCUUUGUACCGCAAAUGUUUUGUGGGUUACAUGGCAUGUUUAGCCAUUAUCCUUCUAAGGGACCAUUUUAAGCUUGAUCUAGGAAAAUCAGACACCACAAUUCUCACCCUCGCUCAGUUCACAAACUCUGAUUAAACUGGCUGGACAUGCAGGCCCCUGUCAAAAUGGCCAGUGAAAUUAAUAUGGAGAAAUGGUCAUGGUGUAUCAGGCCCUACCAGGAAGGAUUGUGGAAGUAUACAGACUCACAUUAUGACUGUGGAAUAUUAAAGAAUUCCAGAGGUUUGUAUUCGGACCAAGACUAGAAUAGUGGCAUUCUCAGGGUCAUUUGACCUGGAGCAGACUUCCCAAUAUUCUGCACUGGUUUAAUGAACUUCUCAUUUGUACUUUUGUGGCAAUUAUUUCAUAGCCAGCACAGCUCUGCUCAAAACUUGCUUGAAAAUCUUUGUGUUCCAUACCAUAGGUAAAAGAGAAUAAACUAUCAUUUUAAAAACAGAAACCUCUCCUUUUAUACUGUUUUUAAUAGCUAGGUAGAGAAUUCUUGAAUUUGUAGUUAAUGUAUUUUUUUUAAAAUUAUUACAGAAAAAAGAUGGCUAUUAAAUUAAUUUGUGAAUUUCAGGAUAAGCUGCAUUAGAAAGUGCCAGGUCAUAUUAUUAUAUUACCUGAGGAAAUAAAGUAUUGGUUUUAACCCAAUAAAGAGAUUUUAAUUUUUAAUUUUAUCAUGGAUAGUAAAUUGUAGCAACACUGCGUCAAGUGUCUAAACAAAACAGGCAGAUGGUAUGUCUGAGCUAUUCUGUCCCAUUUGCACUUUGAGAACCAACUGGUUUAAACCUACUUCCCAAUUUCUGGCAUGGAAGAUACUUAAUGAAUUCUCUCUCUAAUUUAUUUCAUCAGGUGGAAGUUAAGUCGAGGAGAAGGAUACAAUUCUGAAAUGAGUUACUGUCGGAAAAACUUUUUAAAUAGAAAAGCACUUUUAACAAUUGAGGUAUGAUUUAUUUCAGGGUGCAAAACACACCACUAAGAGUUAAAUGGAGAUUUCACGAUACAAAAUGAUCAUUUUAUAUAAAUUUAUAUAUAACACAUACGUAAUAGUAUGGCACUCUACCCACAUUGAUGGGAAAUCAAAAAAUAAUCACAGUGCUGCACAGUGCAGAAAGUAUAAAUCACAACAAAAUCAGAGUACUCACUGGUUUUAAUUUUGUGAAUUUGAAUACAUUUUCAUUUUGUUGUGAAUUAUCCAGUGAGUGCUCAUUUUGUUGUGAUACACACACACGCACUCAUACAUACAUACAUACACACACACACACACACACACGCAUACAUACAUACAUACACACGAGAGCCACAACAUUAAAACCACUGACAGGUGAAGUGAAUUACAUUUGAUUAUAUGAUUACAAUGGCACCUCUCAUUGGUGUCAGGCACAUUGAUGCAUCUGGUCCAAUCACAUCUUAUAGCUACUGUAGCUCAAAUUGCUGGAAAACUUAAAGCUGGCUAUAAUUAAAAGGUGUAUUAACAUAUAGGGCAUAGCAGUUUCCUGCAUAUGUGGCUCCAUGGCCGCAGACAGGACAUAGUGAAAGUGAUGACCCCUACUCACUGCCAAAAGCACCUUCAACGUUGUUUUAGUAGUAGUAGUAGUAGUAGUAGUGCUAAAUCGUGUAUGGUGUGGAUAGGAGUAAGAUCCUAACCUGUUGCACCUGCUGAGAAGUUUUGUUAAAAAUGCAGAAUACUUUCGUUUACAGGCAAUAAAAUAACAAAUCCAAUGAUUGCGUUUGUGUCCAACCUCAGCUUCUUUAAUAAACCUUUCAAUAUUGUCUGUUAAAACAAAUGUGGCUGUUUUCAUUAUCACACAUGAUUCUGUAUUUUGUUUUUCAAGGAUGUGAAGCAAGAAUUAAUAAGGCUAGUGAGUGCUGCAGGAUUUCAAUGUCCAUUACCUGUUGGUCCAAAAGAGCAUUAUGGUCAUGGAGACAAAAGAAUCUUCUCACCCCAUGAGACCUCUCUUCUUAAGGCUGUCCUGGCAGCUGGUCUCUAUGAUAAUGUAGGCAAGAUCUUGUUCACGAAGUCUGUUGAUAUCACUGAGAAGUUGGCCUGUAUGGUGGAAACUGCUCAAGGGAAGGCACAAGUCCACCCAUCUUCUGUAAACCGAGAUCUCCAAGUCUAUGGUUGGCUUCUUUAUCAGGAGAAGGUAAGGUAAUCUUAUUGUAGUGGUUAUGGUGCAACGAUUAUGAGAUAACCUGUUUUUUGUAAAAUUGCUUCAAGUGGCUUGGUAAAAAGUCCAACGUUUGUAUUAUAUGUGUGGCAGCAGACUGUUUUUUUUUUUUUGUUAUUUUAAAGACCAAUUUAUAAUCAAACCACUUGAAACAUGUUUAACAAAACAGAGGGACUGCGCCCCAACCGCUAUUGACUAUGCUGUCGUUUUGUUAACUGCUAAUGAAAAUCGAUAUGUAAUAGGCUCCAAAAUGUGUCUAUUUAAGGCAAAUGUUCCAAAAGGAGAUGUAAAUGAUGCUUGCUUUAUGGCUGUAUGAAUGGUACUGGGAAACAUGAUCAACCCAUUCUUUAUGAUGUACUUUUUGUACAGGUUAAGUAUUCCAAGAUUUUCUUGCGGGAAACCACAUUGAUUUCUCCAUUUCCUAUUCUCCUGUUUGGAGGCAACAUAGAGGUGCAACAUCGGGAGCGACUUUUAACUGUGGAUGACUGGAUUCAUUUUCAGGUAAAAAAUAACCAAAAACUCACUGCAUACGUGAUACUGUCACACAUACACUAGCAGUAUAAGUAUAUUUUGUAAGAACACCAGAACAUGUAAACAACAUAUGCGUACACUUUGUAAUACACCCUCUGAUUAAAUAACUAUAGUACGGUAAUCUGACUGUGCUACCACAUACAAUGUUUAGACUUGCUUUUAGUAGCUGUAAGUAACUGACCAUGAGUUAAGUUAGUAUAUUUAUAAUUGUGGUGGCAGUAAAUGUUGUCACUCUAUUAAUAAAUUAAAAAAAUAAAAUUACUGUCUUGUAUGGACCAGUGCGUGAUCCACCUGACGCAAACACAAAAAAAAGAAAACACUCCAGACAAAUAAAGCACUUCAGUUUGUUGGAGUCUGUAAUAUUAUAAAAGUGAUUAUUUCACUAGGAAUCAGCACUUUUAUAAAACUUUGCCAAAAUGCCUCCCCGACUGUCAAUGAGACAGCUUUCUUCUGCUGCUGUUUGCUUUGUGGCGCUGGGCCAGGGCAUGCCUGCCUUCUCCCUCAUUGAGAAGCAUAGCAAAGCCGUAUGUGCAUGUAUACUGGUGGCUGCGGCACAGGGUUUUUUUCUGUGAAAAGUCUUUAACAAAAAGGAAGGGCUUGCAAAGGCGGCAGUCAACAGGCUUGCAGCAUUUUUUUCCAAUAUAGAAAAGAAAUACACGUAUGUAUUCAUUGGGGAUGUAUCUACUAAGCUGUAAAAAAGAAAAUGUGAAUAGAUAGAUAAAAUGAUUUCAGUACAGUGUUCUUUAAUUCUAUAGCUAUGAUUAUGUGCAGAUUUUUCUAGGGCUGCCAGUAAAGGUUUAUUGACUUGUGAAUCAAUGAAACAUUAUUUAAUACCAGGGAACAGCAUUUUUCAGAUGUAUUACAAAUCUUUUUAAUAUUUUAAUAUGUCAGAUAGUGUCACUUUAGGCACUCAAACCACUUCAGUUCAUAGAAGUGGACUGGGUGCAUAUCCCCAGGUUCCUUAGCCCUGCAAAGGUAAUUAUUGCAGUGGGUGUCUACCAAACAGAGUGACUUCUGGGUCGUUAGAUGACUUUUGAUCGCCUAACUGAUGCUGGCCGUCCUAAUUCUAUGCACGAGGACAUCUAGCGUCACCUGAAACUCCGUAGGAAAACAUUGUAUAAUACUUUCCUAUGAGGAAAUCCUAAUACAAGCGCAGCCAUUGUCGCCUAUGCGCAUUAGGUCUCCCCUGACGGCUGACAUCAGUGGGAAAGGAGCAAAGGCUGACCCCGAGCUAAGGCCAAGGGACAUUGGUGUUGGAACAAAGUAAGUGACAGAAGGGGUUUUUAACUGCUUCUGCACCACAGGAGUUGGGAGGGGCACUAUAGUUUCCCUUUAAAGGGUUACUCCAAACAAAAACCAGUGCUUUCAUAAAACACUGGUUUUGGUCGCAGUAACCUUUUCUGUUAUGGCAUGCCCCACCCAUCAAACGCCAAAUAAAUACGUUACAAAAGCCUAAACUUUUUUCCAUCUCAGCGGCCAAGUUCUCCUCUCAGCCUGCUCUUCCUCUGCUGAUGUCAACCCCCCUUGCCAGACUGAAGGGCGCACGGGAGAGGUCUGAGGGUGCUUCCAUUUAACUGUCUGUUGCUCAUAAUUGAGAUUAGACAAGCAGGAACUCGAGGGGCUUGCUAAUGAUGCCACUAUAAUGCUUCAGAGGUGAUGUUAAUGAUGUUUCAGAUGGUUAAUCUCUGUAUGUGCAGCAUUUCAUAGAGAAGCACUGUACAGUCAGAUUCAAGGCACCACAUGAAAUCACUGAAGGGGUCAUGGUGUUUGGAGUAGCACUUUAAAUAUACUUGCACAUCAACAGAGAAAUGUAUAUUAAAGGGACACUAUAGUGUCAGGAAAACUGCACUAUAGUACCCUGAGGGUGCCCCCACCCUCAGGGUCCCCCUCCCGUGGCGCUGAAGGGGUUAAGACCCCUUCAGCUACUCACCCUUUUCCCCCGCUGGGCUCCCUUACCUCUCCUCCCCCGCCGACGUCAGCAUCCUUGUCUGACGUCACCAGCGCCGAAUGCGCAUGCACAGCACGGCCGCGUGCGCAUUCAAAGUGUCCGUAGGAAAGCAUUUUUCAAUGCUUUCCUAUGGACGCUCUGCGUGAUUGAGGCAUAAUAUGCCUCAAUCAUUGCCGAUGCGCAUCUAGUGGCUGUCCGGAAGACAGCCACUAGAGGCCGACUUAACCCCAUAGAAACUGCUAUGUUUACAUCAGGCAGGGUUAAUCCUAGAGGGACCUGGCACCCAAACCACUUCAUUAAGCUGAAGUGGUCUGGGUGACUAUAGUGUCCCUUUAAGCCAGAAAGCAUAUGUGUAAUACCUUAAUUCUACCAGUAGAGGGCUGAAUAGCUCUAUUUAUAGAAUGUGUUUCCUUUCUCCAACUAAACUUCGUUAUCUGGAACAGUUUAGAGAAACUGUAAGAAACAGUUUCACUCGGAUUACUUUCUCGGAGAGACAAAUAUUGCAUAAAUGCUCUGCAAUCAAUAAAUAUAUCAGUUUUUCAUCCAAUUUAAACAUACUUUUUUAGCUCAUUGUAUUUUUUUUGUUUUUGUUUUGCACUUAUAUUACAUCUUCUUCCAACGUAUUGCUACAAAUAGCCAAUUAUCCAGUAAGUCGCAGGAGCCACAUAUCGCCCACGCAUUUUAUAUGUAUAGAUUUCUGUGUUUUUAAAAAACAUACAUGUCUUGAUUAAUGUAUUGUGUCUAGGCUCCAGUAAAGAUUGCUGUCAUUUUUAAAGAAUUGCGUGUCUUAAUUGAAUCUGUUUUAAAGAAGAAACUUGAAAACCCCAAAAUGUCCCUUGAAGGUAGGUUUUACUACUUGCAAAAUGUUUCUUUAUUACCUGUUCCAAGAUACUUGCUAGACGGUCAAUCUUGUGAAAAAUGAUUAAUCAUGAAUUCAGCACGAUAUAAUCACCAAGCUUCCAUAACCACAUCAUCAUAGCUGUGUGAGGUGCUGGCAUGCUGAUGCAAAUAUAACAUUCUUUCCUUUGCUGCACUAGAUCUCUUUAAUUCUUCUUGAUAAUGGGAGCAAAAUAGUUAAUUCUCUGAAAAGGGAGCUAGUGGAAGAUUAGAACUAUAAUGUAACGAUUUAGGCAAAACUAAAGUUAGGAAAUCCUAUAAAUUGGCUUAAAGGAUGCCAUAAUUAAGUAAUAACAAUGUUUAUUUUUGUAUGGUUUUUUAAUUGAAUGUAUUCCUCUAUCGUAUUAACCCUUUAAGGACACAUGAUUCCCUUUUAUUCCAGAAGUUGUGUCAUUUAGGGGUUAAAGUAAUGCCCCUCUCUCCCAGUAAAAACAAAAAUAGCACUAGCUCCCGAACAUUUUCCUCACUGCAGCUCAAUCCUCUUCUGGUGAGAUGUCCCACACUGAUCUGUGUCCAAUCAGAUGGCUCUCAUAGAAAUACAUUGAGGACACGAAGCACAUAUGUGGAAAUCACUAAAAUUUGCAGUAGCAUAACUUGCAUCUCUGCCACAAAACCACAUUGUUAGGAUUCAUUAAGAUGUGCUCACGGCUACUCCUGGUUUAUUGAGCUAACGAUACUAUGUUUUAACUAAUUGAAAUUAACCUGGUAUAAUAUUUUUGUUAUUUCACAGAUGAUAAAAUUUUGAGCAUCAUCAAAGAACUAAUAAGAAAUGAGCAGUAAGAAUGUUGCAGGACUCCAAUCCCAAGGAUUGCUCUACUAUGAAACCAGAAUGAAGGCUGUGUCAAGAGAAUUUAAAUACUGUGGUAUUUCAGCUCUGCAAUGUCGAUAAUCCAUAUGGUUAACCUUUUUAGUGUUGCAUGCAGCAUUGAAGAGAUUCUUUUUUUUUUUUAUUAAAAAAAAAAAAAUGCAAGAACUAUAAUAUGUAUUCUUGAAUUUUCAAUAAAUUACUGUGCCAUA